CCUCUCAGAGAGAAGCUGUGAAGGUCUGGCCUCAGUUCUCAGCUCCCAGUCCUCUAAUCUGAGAGAGAUGGAUCUGAGUAGCAACUACCUGAAGGAUUCUGGAGUGAAGCUGCUGUCUUCUGGACUGAAGAGUCCAAACUGCAAACUGGAAAUUCUCAGACUGAAUGAGUGUAACCUCUCAGAGAGAAGCUGUGAAGGUCUGGCCUCAGUUCUCAGCUCCCAGUCCUCUAAUCUGAGAGAGAUGGACCUGAGUAACAACAACCUGAAGGAUUCUGGAGUGGAGCUGCUGUCUUCUGGACUGAAGAGUCCAAACUGCAAACUGGAAAUUCUCAGAUUGUAUGACUGCAGUCUCUCAGAGAUCAGCUGUGCUUCUCUGGGCUCAGCUCUGAAGUCCAACCCCUCCCAUCUGACAGAACUGGACCUGAGCAGGAACUACAACCUGAAAGACUUUGGAGUGAAGCAGCUCUGUGGUUUUCUCCAGUCUCCCCUCUGCAAACUACAGACAU